GGAGACUAGACUCCUCUACAUUGACAAUAGAGUAGCACACAAACUCGAGCAUGAAGUUACUGGUAUUCGUUUGUAACGCGUCAGUGAUCAGUUGCCAGUGUACAAGUGUGUUUGUCGUUGUCGCGAACGAUUUCAAAACUGGCGCAUAAAAUGGCAGAGCAGUUACUUAACUUAAAAUUUGUACGAGAAGUCGAAAAGCGACCUUGUUUGUAUAAUUACACUAUUGGCGAAUAUUCACGUAGAGAUCUAACGGAAAAUGCUUGGGCUGAAAUCGGGAGAGAAGUGAAUUUGUCAGGAAAUGAAUGCAAAGAAAAAUGGAAAAAUCUACGCGCCGUGUUUGUACGGCAUAUGAAACCGUUUUUAACUGGAACUAAAACAAAACCGAAGAAACCGUAUUACUUAGCAGAUGCUAUGCAGUUCGCUUUACCGUAUAUAAAGUCAUUGUAUCCGAGAUCUGAUGAGAUGCAUAUACAACCCCAAGUGGAGGUGUACGACGAGGGAGAAAGUAACUGGCAACCACCUGAUAAUGAGAUGUCUCCUCCGUCAGUAGUAUCACCACAACACUCGUUCGUGGCAUCACCAGGUUCACCCCAGUCGUCUAUUUCGCCCAUGCCUUCAUCUCCAAAAAUAAGUCAACAAUCAAGUAAAAUAAUAGCCAAAAGAGAGGAAAUGGACGAGGAUUACGUAUAUCCUUCUUGGCAUCAACCUUAUCAAAAUAGGAAGACAUCAAGAAAGGAAGUCUCACAAUUAGAUAACGAAUAUUUUCAAUCAAAAAGAAGUAAAGUUGACUCGAUUCAGCAUGAAGCUAAUAAAAUGUACUUGUUAAGUUUGCUGCCAGAUGUUGAUCAUAUGACUCCAAGUCAGACGAGGACUUUCAAACGAAAAGUAAUAGAUUUAAUCGAUAAUAUUCUGCAAGAUACACCUGCCGUGUAAAAUUGAUUUUUGUGGUGGAAAUGAUAACAAGACUAGUCUUUAACGAUAAUAAACUCAGCUAUGUUUCGACUUAGGAAUAACUUAGAAGAAUAUAAAAUCCAGAAAAUUUA